AUGACCUCCCGCACCGCCGCGGAGGCCGCCCUCCUCCUUCCGCUCCACCUCCUCUCUGCCGCCCUCCGCCCGCGCUUCUCCUGUACCUCCGCCGCCCCGCUCAGAUGGGCGCGCUCCGCGGCGGCGCUGCUCGCCGUCGCUUCGCUCGUCACCGCCAUAUGCGCUAUGCCCGAUGCGGGCGCCAACGUUGAAGCCGACGCCGAUGCCGACGCCGACGCCGACGCCGACGCCUUGCGGUUGGAGAUUGAAGCGCUCAGGCAAAAGGUCGCGCGGCUGGAAUCUUUACUAGAGUCAAAUGUGAAGACACUGGACAGUAAGGCUAGUAUCUUGGAGGAGGACAACAAACUCAAUGAAGCAAUGGAACGUGAAAUCCAGCUUUUAAUGAAUGAACCAGACAGUACAAAGAACUCCCAAAGCAAAUCAUAUUCUGCUGGCAACAUUAAAUCUAUGGAAGAUGAGGUGCGACAGCUUCAGCACGAGGUCAGUAAGAUAAACAUGAAUUCUUACACCGCUGAAUCAUUAGCACGUGAUACUGAGAAAAGGGUGGAAGCUCUGAACUUGGAGGUCAAAAAGAUAGAGGAUAUGACUGCGGAACAAUGGAUCCAAAUUCGACAACUUGAACAAGCAUUUGUGUUAACUAAGAUGAUGACGUCAAAAGUUUUCGAGAGAAGUAGUCCAUCAGAUACAGUUUAUAAGUGGCCUGGAAAAGAAAUAAUUGUUAAGUAUGUCAGGAAUAUGAAGCUUGAUGGUAUUUAUCUUAGAGUGGCAUCAUAUGCGAGGUCCUGCUUUUCACAUACAUAUGAACAGUCUAGAAGUUUUGUACAAGCAAUAAGCAGAUGCUACCAUGAGACUUCUCGGUUCCGCAAAGCAAUUCGUCGCCAGUAUAUAUCUGAUAUUAACAAGCCUGAUGUCUUCUUUUUGGGUGGUACCGUUUCAAAAUCAAGCAUUUCUCUUCCAUAUAACCAAUUCAAGAUUUUCAUCUCAUCAGCACAGAAGUUUCAUCAUAAGGCCCAAGUUUUUAUCCGUGAUGUGAUGGAAUCCAACAAAUAUAGCAGUGGUUUGUCAAACGAGCCAGUUACAUUUAUCUUG